CUCUCACCAAUAUGAGAGUAGCCUGUUUGAUCCUGUUCUGCGUUUUGCAGUACAAUGCUGCCUACGAACAAGCUCCGCAGACUGAGCUAGGAGAAAAAGAUUUGGUAGAAGUCGCGGAGACAUCGAGCACCGAAUAUGGCAAUGGAUUUUCAAAAGAGACCAUAAACAAGAAAUUCAAGGGACACUCUAAAAAUGUUCACAAAGGUGAAAGAAUUCGAAAAGUGAUUGUCAUCGAUGAAGAUGAAAUGGGAAACGCGGUGAUAAACGAGACCGAUGUGAUUACCAAUACAUUGCCUGAUGGAACCACGAACGUUGAAACAAUUAAUCAGCGACCAAUAAGUUUGCCAGGAUCAGUUGCAAGCGCGAGUGCGGGAGUAGCGUCAGGGUCAAGUGGGAGUGGUUCAGCUUCAGCUGCUGCCGCCGGUGUCGCUGCUUCACGUGGAAAAAACGGACCAAACAAUGGACAAUACGGACCAGGAUCAGCCGCUGCUGCUGGUGCCGCUGCUUCAAAUGGACCAAACGGACUCAACACUGAAAUAUACGGACCAGGAUCUGCUGCUGGUCAGCUGCUGCCGCUGGUGCCGCUGCCACAAGUGGACCAAACAACAUACUAUAUGGACCAGGAUCAGCUGCUGCCGCUGGUGCCGCUGCCUCAAGUGGGCCAAACGGACCCAACUACGGACCAUACGGACCAGGAUCAGCUGCUGCCGCAGGUGCCGCUGCCUCAAGUGUAUCGAACAACAACGGAUCAGCUGCUGCCGCUGGUGCCGCUGCCUCAAGUGGACCCAACUACGGACCACACGGCCCAGGAUCAGCUGCUGCCGCUGGAUCAGCUGCUGCUGCAGGUGCCGCUGCUUCAAGUGGACCAAACGGACCCAACAGUGGACUAA